AUGUCGGCGCAGCCCGUCUCAGCGGCGCGGCGGCGACCCGCGGGGCUCCGGGAAGAGCGGGCACCACCAGCCGCCCCGCUGGCCGCCGCCGGCAACUUUUCCUCCCUCCCGCCGCCACCCGCCCCUCGCCGCGCCGCCCCGGGUCAUCCGUUGCCCGCCCGCCCCCCGCAGCCGCCACCCCGCGCCCCCGGCCACCGCCCGCAGCGCCCCGCUACCCACCUCGGCUGCGAAGUGACGGGGGUCCCCCCGCUGCCGCCGCGGAGCCGCUUUUCCCCCUCUCCCCUCCUCCCCGCUCCGGUCGCCGCCUCUGCCCGGAGCCGGAUACGGAGAGAAACUGAUUCGCGUGGCCGCUUCCCUCGUUCUUCGCGCCGCCUCCCUCGGCGGAGCGCUCGGCAGCGGCCCCGAGCAGGCAAAACGCCGGCAGCGCCGAGGGCAGAGGCGCCCCGGCCACCCCCGCUCGGAAACUCUCCGGGGAAAGCAGCGCGAGCGAGCCCGGCUCCCCGCCGCCCCGCGCUGCCAAUCACGGGGGCGGCCCCGCGCGGAUUGGGCGGCCCCGCCGCCAGCAACCCCCCCUCCGGCAACUCGGGGCGCGCCGCCGGGGGCAGGACCCGCGGUCACCGCGCUGCGACGAGGAAGGGAGCCGCGGGGCCGGCGGCAAAUUCCUCCACGCGCGCCCUCGCGUCCCCGGUGCUCCCGCCGCCCCUCCGGCGCUGCGCCGUCGCCCGGCGAGACCUGCCCGCCCCCAGCGGCCCCGCCGGAGCCCCCCGCCGCGUGGGCAGGAAGGGCGGGGGCCGGCGGCCGUUCCGCGCUGUGAGGCGAUACCUCGGCUGCAGCCUGGUGAGGGCUUCCCCGAGAUUUUCCUUUCAUGAGUAAAACUAUUAAAGAGUGUCCAAAUGAAAGCUACAAAGACGGUGAAGGUCUACAGAGGAAGAUGUAUGAGGAGCAGCUGAGUUGCCUUGGUUUGCUCAGCCCAGAACAGAGAAGCUGAGGGGAGGCCUGAUGGCA